AUGGAACCCACUGUCUCCAAGGCACGUUUAGAAAUAUCAUCAAAUCUUCCAGGCCCAACCACUUCUUCCGCUCCAAUGACCAUUGUCAUCAACUGUGUCGGCGCGCUAGCUGUUGGCACUAUUGCCAAUAGCGUAGUUGGAGCUUUGACGGGUCUUUUAGGAUCGCUCAUCUGGCAACACGACAGACGCGUUGCGCAAAUCAUUGUGCUCAUCGGAGGCCUCGCUGGUGGAAUCGGCGGUUUGCUUCAUGCAAUAGUUACGGUUAAUGGCAGGCAGAAAGUUGAAAGAAACGCGACCGAUCGGGAUUACGACGAUUUCGGCAGGGUAUUUCUACGGGUAUUCAGUCAAGCGCCUUUCUGGAGCGUGAUCGGGGCUUCGAUAGGCUUUUGGAUUGCGAACAACGCAACUUUCGAUAUCACUUUCACCAUUGUCAUCCUCACCGCUCUGGCUGGUACCCUUGGAUUCGCGACCUACGCGAUGGCCAUGUGCUGGCUCACAGGCUCUUACCUUCAUCUUUUAAUCCUACAAAAUCAGGUACUUGUACUUGCAGAAAAACUGGACAUUUGGAACGGCUCCGAUCACCAAUCUUUCCAUUCUCCGAUGCCUUACAAUCCUCUAAUGCCUGAAUUCGAAUCUUCGCCCACAAGAGUCAAGCAAAUGGUUAUUGAGAUUAGAGAACAAGAUUAA